AUGACGAGCUCGCCUAUUAAUAAGAUAAAUGUUGAUCAAUGGAUUAAAGAAAACGAAACACAAUUUCUGCCUCCUGUUUGCAAUAAAUUAUUACAUAAUAAUCAAUUGACAAUAAUGUUUGUUGGUGGACCAAACAUUCGUAAAGAUUAUCAUUUAGAAGAAGGCGAAGAACUUUUCUAUCAGAUAAAAGGUGAUAUGUGUUUAAAAGUUCUUGAACAAAAUCAACAUCGUGAUAUCAUUAUUAAAGAAGGAGAAAUCUUUCUUUUACCAUCACAUAUACCUCAUUCACCGAAUCGUUUUGAAAACACUGUUGGCUUUGUUAUGGAAAGAAAACGAGAAGAACAUGAAUUGGAUUGUAUAAGAUAUUAUCAAGGUCACUCAACAGAUCGUUUAUAUGAAAGAUGGUUUCAUACAACAGAUCUUGGUACACAAUUACGUCCGAUUAUAAAAGAGUUUUUUGAAUCUGAAGAAUAUCGUACUGGUGAACCAAAAGCGGAUAGUUAUCUUGAAAAUCCACCCGUAAAAAAUAAUGAAAAAACUAAAUUAGCUAACCCAUUUUCAUUAGAUGAAUGGAUUGAGAAGCAUAAAGAAGAAUUUGCACAUGGUAAAUCAAUAAGUUUGUUUCCAGAUGAAUUUCAAACAAGAUUAUAUAUUAUGCCAAAAGGUCAACAUUUAAUUAAUUGUUCUAAUGGUGAUGUUUGGUUAUGGCAACAUAAAGGACAUUCAACGGCUAAAAUAACUAGUGAUAAUAAGGAAGAAUCAAUUGUAGAUUUAGAACAAAUGGAUUCUGUUUAUCUGCAUGUUCACUGGACGUAA